UUCCAUCCUUAAGCAAUACUUUUUUUUCGCCAAACAGUUUAGAACAUUUUUUACGAAAGCAUGAAUAAAAAUGGGAUAUAUAUUUGCAUUUACAAAUGACUCCCAUCGAUCAAUACUUUACAAUACCAUAACUGUUAACGUUUCAAACCUAAUACACAACAAGCUUAUCGAUCGUGUACAAUCUAAUGUCAAUGAAACCUGAUAACCAUUAUCUGCAAUUGUAAAUUUGAACGAAACUAUCUUGAUCUCCCUAAGGUAUUUACGGUGUUAAUACAGGAUAUAAAUUUACAUAAAUUCACCUGGAUUUUUAUGAAAUCUAAAAUAAGCGUUUUAGAUUAAAACAGUGAUCGAACAACGUUAGAAAUGGAAGUUUCCGGUAAACUAGCUGAGGCAAGACAUGAUUUAAAAUUUUGUGAAAAUUGUCAAUUUGAAAAUGUUACAACAAAAGCAAAUGAAAUAUGUCGGGAAUGUGAGGAAUAUAUGUGCGACACAUGCUUUCGGAAUCAUCUAACGGGUAAAAGGAAUAGAAAUCAUGCAUUGAUUAAUAUGAAUGAUCCAGAUAUUGCUGCAAAGAAGCGUGCAGAAGAAGUAGAGAAAUGUAAACAGCACGAUAAUGAGGCAAUCAAAUUUUACUGUCGUAAACACGAAAUUGUUGGGUGUGGAGACUGCAUUAUAUUGGAGCAUAGUACAUGUAAACCCGAAUACAUAAAGGACUUAUCGAAAAACGUUCAGGAAACCGAAGAUUUCAUAAACUUGAAGAGGAAAAUUGAACAACUGGAGCGUGAGAACAAAACAAACUUUGAAAACGUUCAAAAGAAUCGAAAAGACUGUAAAGUAGUGCAUGAAGAAGUGCUAACUAAGAUAAGGAAGUUUAGAACAGAUAUAAAUACUUAUCUGGAUAAGGCAGAAGCAGAUAUAAUAUCUGAAAUGGAACAACUUAUGUCCGACAACGACAAACUCCUUGAUAAGCUAGACAACAAUUGUGCAAAAUAUUUGUCUGAUAUUGAAGGUUUAAAACAGAAACUUGACCCAACUGUCCAUAGAGAAAAUGUACUGUUUAUACAAACAGUACGUAGCAAAGCGAGUGUUCUGGAAAUUGAACAUGAGCUGUCAAAAAAUGUACAAUCAGUAUGCCAAGUCAAAGGUUAUGAAUUUGUUCCCAAUGUAAAACUGUCGAGUAUCAUCAAAUCAGAAGAGAAACUUGGCAAAAUCAAUAUUUCAAAUAUAAAUGAACCUAAGCAAGAUGAAAUUACAAAUUUGGAUGAUUUAAUGAACGUUGAUACAUUAACAUUGGUGGAACCAAAGAAGCCAAAGAAGCUAAUACAGCAGGAAACAGAUAACAAAACUGGUGUGAGACCGCCACCUGUUUUUGUCGGUACCCGUGUAGAAGCAACAGAUUGGGGGGUAAAUAUCAUUUUAUUUUUGACUGAAUAUAACAAUAAUUCAAAGACGAUGUUAUAUCAGGCCGACGUUAACGUUACUGACUAAAUAGCAAAACGUCAAUAAGAAACAUUAAAAGAUUUAAUCGACAUAUUAUAUGCUACAACUUAACACUUUACCGUUUUCAUAAUUGUAUAAGAGUCGUAUCAAAAUUUCAAAGUGUUAAAUUAUGAGGGCUUGGAAAGGUAAAUAUUCUUCUAAUGAUAUACAGUUGAUACUGAUACUAUUAUCGUAACGAAAAGCAGUGAUUUUUGUUAAAGAGUACGGAUAAAUGACGUCCUUCUUGGUUGCAACCAUGGCGAAAAUUAA